AUGUAUUGGUGUCAGCUGCUUGUGCCUCGGAGGAAAAUGACUUCUCUAACUUUCCUCAGGCAGUUCUCGUGGAUCCCCAUGAGAUACAGUCCCAAUGUGAAUCAAAAAAGUACUAGGCAAAUGGAGGGAUCUAGCACUACCCCUGACAAAGAGUUGGAGAAAUCGCAACUCUUCAAAACACUUAAAAAAGUGGUCGCCAAACAAAUAGCAGAGUUGAAAGGCAUGUCUACCUCGAAGAUAGAUGAAACCACCACAAACCUGCAGAUCGUACCCAGUACUUCACAGGAAACACCCCAAGCAAAGCAGACAAGAUCGAGGACCACGCUGACUGGAGAAUUCUCAGUCUCAUUUGAACUGCCUGAUGAUUUUCCUGAGGAUGCAAAUGUUGAUACGUUAGUGCCUGAGGGGAGUGAAACUGAUACUCCCUCUUCGCGUCAGUUGUCUUUCUCUGAAAGACUAGAUGGCUGGAGGAUUACCCAAAGAAAACGGGUUAAGGGAAUAUGUGACAUGUACUACCGACACGAAAGGUCAAACGCCAGUUUGAGAUCUGUUGUCGAGGUGGUGAGAUUUAUUCUGUAUGAAGAAUUACCAAGACAGCAAUCGGCGAAUAUGGGAAAGUUGAAAGGAUCAGCUGAGAAGAUGACAAAGUCGGCAUCGGUGAAGAGAAAGUCUUCAGAUGCUGGCUGUAGCAAAAACCCUCCAGAGGAGAACAAGGAGGGCCUUGAUGGUCCACCAAAGGAGAAGUUGGUAAAAUUGUCACCUGAAGCCAUGGAAGCAAGGCAAAGAGGAAAAGGGGCUAAAACAGAAGAAGUAAAGGUCUCAAAGGAAGAGGGGGAAAGCAUUGUAGCCCCAUCUUCUCCAAAGGUUGCUUCACCUAAUGUUCCUUGCAAAGAAGAAGAAGCUCCCAUUAAUCCUCCUACGGAAUUGGACCAACCAAAUCCUCCUACGGAAAUGGAUCAACCCAAUCCUGCAGUGAACCAUGAGGAAGUUGCCAUGGAAACGCUUCCCAAAAUGAUGGCAAUGGAGGUGACCUAA